UCAAUGAGUUGGUUCACUAAGGACCACCUUUUGACUUUUCUUUACAGAGAGUAAAGUUGGAGUUGCAUGUAGUGUGUUUUUUGUCAAUGAAAAAAAGAAAGAAAACAAAAACCACAGUUCCUGGCGGCUAUCAGCAGCAGCAGCUCCAGACCCAGUGAUAGUCCUCUCAAUCCGGUGUUAGAUUUGAGCUAUAUUUGCUCUUCGAUUGAGAUAUUCAUUCUUGAUUAUGGAUUUUGACUCGGGUGAUGCUGGUUGCCUGAAAUCAGAUGGAACCAAUUAUCUAUUAUGGUCAUAUAUGAUUCGCAAUUUCAAGAUGGAAGGAGAAUUAUGGGACUAUGUUAGUGGGUCAGUGACUCGUCCUCACCCGAAAGAUAAGAAUUAUGCCAAUUUGCUAAAGCAAUGGGAGUCUAUGAAUGCAACAGCUCUGUCAAUUAUCGAAAUGUAUGUUGAUCAUUCCCUUCGGAUACGUUUGGCAAAGUAUAAUUCUGCCAGGAGUGCAUGGGACUACUUGGCCAGAUUAUAUGCCCAUGAUGAUGAGUCUAAUUUUGCUAAAAAGUAUCGGCUGGAGAUGGAGAUUCAGGCUGUGAAACAAAGUGGUUUCCCCAUAACGGGACUAUAUUGUCUAAUGCAAUGUUAUUGGCAGAAGUUAGCUGAGAUGGAGCCAAAGGAAUUGAGUGACUUAGAGAGCUACAAGAAGUACCGCGAGGAGUCUCCGUUACUGCAGCUUCUCAUAGCUUUACCAGAUAAAUUUGAGCCUACUAGAAAGCAUAUGCUUCAACGUUCCACUCUUCCCAGUGUUCCUGAAGCUGUGCAAGAGUUGUUAGUUGUGGAGCAUGGACUAAUUAUCCUCAAUUGUCAUCUCUAUCAUUAGAAGACAGCGAUAAGAGCAAGACCGGAAGAGAUGAAUGUCUUUAUUGCUAUGGAACUGGAUGCCAGAAGCUGGAUUGUUCCUCCAGGAAGAAGCAUGAUAAGACAAAGAGAACGGGUGGAAGUUGUGAGGAUUCUCAUCAAUCUGGUGGAUGUCAGCCAUCUAUCUACCAGCCUAUGCAGUGCCCAGACAAAAACUCUCAGCCAUCUUCCUCCUCAUCUAAAUCUGCAUCAUCUUUGACCCCAGAUACUAUUGACCAGAAUCGACAUAUAAUUAACAUUAUGAAUCAAGUGGAGUCUGAUCUUUUUGGUAGAUUUCCUCUAGAGAGUGGGAUGUAUCUGCCUUCUUCCAGAAAAGGGAACAUUGGUUUGGUUAUGGCUUUGAGUACACUGAAAAUUCUGAGUUAUAACGUCUGGUUCCAAGAUCUGAUGAUAGAUAAGAGGAUGGAGGCUCUGGGUGACAUUAUUCAAUUACAUGCUCCAGAUGUCAUUUGUUUCCAGGAGGUUACACCCUAUAUAUAUGACAUUUUUAGGCAAUCAAGUUGGUGGAAGGCAUAUAAUUGCUCAAUUUCAGAUGAAAUGGCUGGUACACGACGAUAUUUCUGCAUGCAGUUGAGCAAACUUCCAGUAAAAUCCUUCAGCUGCAAAAUGUUCAGCAAUUCUAAAAUGCUGAGAGAACUGUGCAUGGCAGAGAUUGAAGUAGGGGGAAAACCGUUGAUUGUAGCCACAAGCCAUCUUGAGAGCCCCUGCCCUGCCCCUCCAAAAUGGGAUCAGAUGUACAGUGAGGAACGCGUGGCUCAAGCAAAGGAGGCCCUUGACCUUCUUGAGAAAUAUCCAAAUGUGGUUUUUGGUGGUGACAUGAAUUGGGAUGACGAUUUGGAUGAGCAGUUUCCUUUAUCUGAUGGAUGGCUUGAUGCCUGGGCAGAGUUAAGGCCCGGAGAAAAUGGAUGGACAUAUGAUACCGGGUCAAAUCUGAUGUUGUCUGCUAACCGGCCUUUGCAAAAGCGGUUAGAUCGAUUCGUUUUCAAUUUGCAUGAUUUCAAAAUAAGUGCAAUCGACAUGAUAGGAACUGAGGCUAUACCAGGACUAUCAUAUUGCAAGGAAAAGAGGGUAAGAAAUAGGGUCCAGAGGUUGAUGCUCCCUGUGUUGCCUAGUGAUCAUUAUGGCUUGCUCUUGAAGGUUAAUUGCCAGUAAAUCAUUGGUUUGUCAUGAUAAUUGGUUCAAGAGAAGUUUGGGAUUUGUAUUGUUGUGUGCAGCUUUUGUAAUAUUCCUGUGAUCUCCUGUCUGCAUGCAGCUUCUGUAUAACCUCAAAGGUUUGGUGAAGUGAUUUGUGAUGCUUAUGAUGACUGUUAUUGCCAACGACUACUAAUCUGCUAUGUUAUGUAACUGCACUGUGCAUAACAUAGCAGAUUAUUUAUAAUUAAUGUUGUUUGGUUU